CCGGCGGUGCUGCUGCUGGACGAGGCGACGUCGGCGCUGGACAAUGAGAGCGAGCGGGUGGUGCAGGCGGCGCUGGACAGUAUCGUGUCGCAGCACAAGCGGACGACGGUCACCAUUGCACACCGCCUCUCGACAAUCAAGAACGCGGACAAGAUCGCCGUGCUGCGCAAGGGCGCGGUCAUCGAACAAGGGUCGCACGAGGAGCUGCUCGAGCUGGGCGGCACCUACCUCGCCCUGUGGGAGGCACAGCAG